AACUUCACUGUGCUCGUAUCUUUGUCUCCGCAUCCUCUCUGGAAAGAACAAAAAAACAAAACAAACUAUGUCGAGUAAGAAACCCUUUGUGGAUGAGUGAAUGUGUGUGGAUGAGGGAGAGUGUGUGUGUGUGUGUGUGUGUGAGAGAGAGAGAGAGAGAGAGAUUAACGGUGAGCGCGCAGCACGCCCCCGCCCCAUGUCGUCCAUCCAUCCGCGGUGAGAGUGAACAUGACGGCCCGGUCUGUGCGGUCCCUGUCCGGAGCCCUGAAGCCCGUGUUCAGCAACCGGUUGGCCAGGGUUUAUGGUGCAGCUACAUGUAAUCAGAGACACAAGUCCACUUACACUAUCAUAGCUCCACCGGCACGGUAUGGAGGCAGGCACACUGUGACUUUGAUUCCCGGAGAUGGCAUCGGACCAGAGCUGGCCAACCACGUGCGUGAACUAUUCCGGUUCUGCUGUGUGCCAGUGGACUUUGAAGUUGUCAACGUGGACUCAUCUAUGGCCUCAGAAGAUGACAUCAAUAAUGCCAUAAUGGCUAUCAGACGCAAUGGAGUUGCACUAAAAGGUAACAUUGAGACCAACCACAACUUGCCACCAUCCUACAAGUCCAGAAACAACCUGCUCCGCACCACUCUGGAUCUGUAUGCCAAUGUGAUGCACUGCCAGUCUCUACCAGGAGUGAGGACGCGCCACAGCAACAUCGACAUCAUGAUCAUCAGGGAGAACACCGAGGGAGAGUACAGCAGCCUGGAGCACGAGAAUGUACCGGGCGUUGUUGAAUGUCUGAAGAUCAUCACCAAAACCAAAUCUUUACGUAUCGCUGACUACGCAUUUAGAAGUGCUCGGGCUAAAGGACGCAGACGAGUCACUGCUGUACACAAAGCUAACAUCAUGAAGUUGGGCGACGGCCUCUUCCUGGAGUGCUGUAAGGAGGUUGCCAGCGGUUACCCUGAAAUCACCUUCGACAGCAUGAUUGUGGACAACACUACCAUGCAGCUGGUUUCCAGGCCCCAGCAGUUUGAUGUGAUGGUCAUGCCCAACCUGUAUGGCAACGUUGUGAGCAAUGUGUGCGCCGGGCUGGUUGGUGGGCCGGGCCUGGUGCCUGGAGCGAACUAUGGAGAGGACUACGCCGUGUUUGAGACGGGCACCAGGAACACCGGGAAGAGCAUCGCUAACCGCAACACAGCAAACCCCACGGCCAUGCUGCUGGCCUCCUGCCUGCUGCUGGAUCACCUGAAGCUCCACGCCUACGCCAGCAUGAUCCGCAGAGCCAUCCUCUCCACUGUCACUGAGACUCGGCUGCACACUGCCGACCUGGGAGGCCAAGGCUCCACCUCGGAAGUGGUCCAGUCCAUCAUGAAUGCUGUUCAGAGCACCGGGCCCCGGACACUGAGCGUCUAGAACAAACACACACAUAUAUAUGCUAAAUCUCUCACACAGCAGAGAUGUGUAUAUUAGUAUGCCUCUCUUCAGUGGGUCUUCUAUGCAAUUUCAUAAUAACACCAGUGAGUUGAUUGAUAGUAACACUGAAAUGAAACUACACACAAACAGUUUGCAUGUCCAUGCAAUAGUUUUUAUUUCUUCAUACGUAAUGAAGAAAUAUAGUAGUAUAUAAAAGCUCUUGUUUUUUGAAGUUGAUUGAGCACCUUGUUUGCAUCUAUACUUUACCUAUUUCAUUAGUUUAUUUAUAUAUUGUGGUUAUUUUAUUGGUUUAUUUAUAUAUUAUUAAGUGAAACCAGUUGUUCUUCAUGCAUGUUCUUCAAAUUUAACUUAUUUUAAAUCAAACAGCUGUUGUUCAUCUACUGAAACCCAGCUGUCCUACUCCUGAAUGUUGGGCAGCUGCUGAUCUGAGCCCUACACCUCUAAUAAAGCUCAUGUCCCUGUA